AUGGAGUUGGUAUGUCUCCCCGCCCACGUACGAGAGCGAAUCCUACACUACAUCGGGUACGACGACCUCGAGUCGCGUUUCCGACUGGCACGAUGCGGCACCCAAUAUUGGGAGAUGGUCAAGAACGUGCCACGCCACGACUCGAAAUAUACGCUCACCGCCUAUCCCACCCACUUUCUGGUGCACCACCAUGCGUGGUUCCGCGAGUUUUUGUAUGAGCUGGAUAGUGAAGCCACGGUUGAUCUGUUAUUCUCCCGGGCAACGGUCCCCGAAUUGAUACUCAACUAUCGCACGUUAGAUUUUACGGGUAUCCAAGCCCGAACUCUCACUAUAAGCAGGAUACCCGGGAAUCCUGUAUCUUUUCUGGAAGAGCUGCGGCCUGAGGGUGGCUUCGACAAGAUCGCGACCUGGGGAUUGGCCCCAAGCAAGGAACUCUGUGAUUACGCCACGAAAUACAUACAAGAACUGGAGGUGAAUGACGCACCAAAUUUGUUGGAAUGGCUGUCCUGGAAGGGGAUGCAGCUCGAACUGGCUACAACGUCAGCAAUUGCCAUCUAUGAUUUUGCCGACAUCCUGAUCGAAGAAUGGCUGGGAUUUAAACGCGAAAUCAUCGACAUUUAUGUGCGGCCCCCGGCACGAGAAUAUUUGGUGCAAAGGACCGCACCGGGUUUUCAUCGCCGAUCCGACGGGCUCAAACUGAUGGUGGAUUCCAACUAUCUGGGAACACGGCUGACUGUACAGAUUUUGCGAUGGCGGCAACAGGACGACUUAUUGGCG